AAUUUUGAGAAAGUCGAAGUCCUCUUUAUACUACCGGCCAACAUAAAUGCACCUAACUCAACUCUAGUGCGUUGAGUUUUCCCUCCCUCCCUCCUCACACCUUUCUUGGACCCUCAAAAUCUAUGGAGAAAAGAGCGGGAAAGUGAGGCAAAGUGAGGGAAAGUGAAGGAAAAUUUUAGUGAGCAAAGGAAAAUAGAGGGAAAAUUGCAUAGAACUUUUUUGAGAUAUUAAGAGAAAGAAACGGUAGAUUGAGGGGAAAAAAAAGGAGAGAAAUGAAGCACAUUUUCAAGAAGCUACACAAAGGUCAUAAUCACGAGCCUAAUCGGACCAACGAGACGCCGCCGCCGUCUCCGUCAUGCGCCAUCGAUCAUCAACGUACCAUGUCUGGAAACUCUCCAACGAGUCCCUCCACAUUAUCGCCUGCUCCGCCUGCUGUUCGGACGAGCUCCGGGAAUACUACAGCAGCGUCGACUGUGUUGGCAAAUAAUAGUACCGAUUACAUGUCGUCGUCGGAGGAGUUCCAGGUUCAGUUAGCUCUAGCGAUCAGCGCGUCGAAUUCGGAGGAUCCCGAGAAGGAUCAGAUCCGCGCGGCGACUCUGCUGAGCUUGGGCGGCCAUCAUCAGAUGGAUACAGGCGAGGAUAGGGAGGAGGUGCCCGCAGAGGAUUUAUCGAGACAUUAUUGGUUGCUGCUGGUUGGUUUUGGAUUGCUAGGGUUAGUGCAAUUUACUCUCAUAGUAGGUGUUUUAAUGCACCAGGAGUACAGUGUGCUUGAUCACGAAGAGAAAGUGGUUGAUGGUUUCUAUGAUGUGUAUGGGCCUUCCACAAAUUCAGCACUCCAAGGAAAAAUGUCAUCUCUUGCAGAUCUUGAGACAAAUCUUGGGAAUUAUGGCUUUGAAGUUGUGAUUGUCAAUUGAACAAUUGACCCUGUCUUAGAAGAUCUGGUGCAAAUUGCACAUUGUAUUGCAUUAGAUUGCCUGCUAGUAAUGUUAGUGUUUUAGUCCAAAAGCUUGCCGAAUUUGUUACAGGCCAUAUGGGUGUACCUGUUAAGGAUGCUAAUAUAAUGUUGGCAAGGUGGAUGGAAAGGAGCACGGAAUUGAGAACAUCUCUUCAUACAAGUUUGUUGCCUAUUGGGUCCAUUAAUAUAGGAUUAUCUCGGCAUCGUGCUUUACUUUUCAAGGU